AUGAGGAUUUUAUUAACUGGAGCUGCUGGUUUUAUUGGAAGUCAUGUUGCGUUGGAAUUACUGGAAGCUGGGUACGACGUUAUCUGUAUCGACAAUUUCUCAAAUUCUGUGCAAGAUAACAAUGGGAAUGCGGUCAGUUUAAAACGUGUCUCACAAAUUAUAAACAAAGAGGUACCAUUCGUUUUUGCUGACUGUAAGAACGAGAAGCAGUUGGAAGCUAUCUUUGAAAAAUAUUCAGUUAGUGGUGUUAUUCACUUAGCUGGUUGGAAAGCGGUUGGUGAAUCGGUAAAAAAUCCUCUUGAUUAUUAUAGCAAUAAUCUUAUUGCUACACUGGUCCUACUUAAGCUAUGCGGAAAAUAUAAUGUCAAAAACUUCAUUUUCUCAAGCAGUGCAACUGUUUAUGGACCACCGGACAGUUUACCGAUUAAAGAAACUGAUCCAGUGGGAUAUAAAAUCACUAAUCCUUAUGGUCAUACUAAAUACAUGAUUGAACGAAUUUUGAUGGACUUAGCUCAUGCUGAUAUGAGCUGGAAUAUAAUUAUUCUAAGAUAUUUUAAUCCUGUGGGUGCUCAUCCUAGUGGCCUCAUUGGUGAAGAUCCGAAAGGAAUCCCAAACAAUCUAAUGCCAUACAUGAGCCAAGUGGCUAUUGGAAAAUUACCGGUGUUAUACAUAUUUGGAACCGAAUUUGAUACUGCAGAUGGAACCGGUGUAAGAGAUUAUAUCCAUGUUGUGGAUUUAGCUCGAGGACAUGUAGCAGCAUUUAAUCAUCUUAAUAAACAACAAAACUGUGGUUGUGAAGUUUAUAAUCUUGGAACUGGGAAAGGAUAUUCAGUUUUGGAAAUGAUCGCUGCUUUUGAGAAAGCCAGUGGACAACAAAUAAAAACAGAAAACACUUUUCCUAGAACAGGUGAUGUAGCCUGCAUUUACUGCGAUCCGUUGUUAGCUGCCCAGAAGCUUGGUUGGAAAUGUGAAUAUGGCCUUGAAGAAAUGUGUCUUGAUUUGUGGAAUUGGCAAGUAAAGAAUCCAAAUGGUUACCUAUCGUAG